GUUCCGGCCCUUUGUGCCGCACAUCCCCUUUGAUUUCUAUGUCGUGAGUAACCCUCUCCUCUGGAGCUGUUUGCAGGCAACAGCUGUGGGACUUUUCCUUGUUUAAAGAUGCAUUUUAAAAUCCUCAUUUGCUGACUUUGACGGUUUGACUUCUUUUAGCGUAGCUGGAGUAAAGGAGUUCACAGAAAACGCUGCUGGUUCAGUAACUAACCUGAAGUAGAUCUUUUUACUGGCUCUGUUGUUUGGAGUACUUGUGUCACACAGGAUGACUAGGAUGCAUGCGAAAUGGCUUUCCCCCGCGUAAAACCUGCCGCCGAUGAGACCGCGUUCAGCGAAGCCUUGCUGAAGAGAAACCAGGAUCUUGCUCCGACCGCUGCUGAACAGGCUUCCAUUCUUUCUCUGGUGACCAAAAUAAACAACGUGAUUGAUAAUUUAAUUGUAGCACCAGGAACCUUUGAAGUGCAAAUCGAGGAGGUGCGCCAGGUGGGUUCCUACAAGAAGGGCACCAUGACGACGGGGCACAACGUGGCCGAUCUGGUUGUGAUUUUGAAAAUCUUACCCACCCUGGAAGCUGUGGCAGCCUUGGGAAACAAAGUCGUGGAAAGCCUCAGAGCGCAGGACCCCGGCGAAGUCCUGACCAUGCUGACCAACGAGACUGGGUUUGAGAUCAGCUCGGCCGACGCGACCGUGAAGAUCCUUAUCACCACGGUGCCACCCAACCUCCGCAAGCUGGACCCCGAACUGCACCUGGACAUCAAAGUGCUGCAAAGUGCCCUGGCUGCCAUCAGACACGCUCGCUGGUUCGAGGAGAACGCUUCGCAGUCCACGGUGAAGGUCUUAAUCCGGCUGCUGAAAGACCUGAGAAUUCGUUUCCCUGGCUUUGAGCCCCUCACGCCCUGGAUUUUGGACCUGCUGGGGCACUAUGCUGUGAUGAACAACCCCACCAGGCAGCCCCUGGCUCUCAACAUCGCCUACAGGCGCUGCCUUCAGAUCCUGGCUGCAGGGCUCUUCCUCCCUGGGUCUGUUGGCAUCACCGAUCCCUGCGAGAGCGGAAACUUCCGAGUCCACACGGUUAUGACCCUCGAGCAGCAGGACAUGGUGUGUUACACCGCGCAGACCCUCGUCCGGAUUCUCUCUCAUGGAGGCUACAGGAAAAUCCUCGGUCAAGAGGGUGAUGCCAGCUACCUGGCUUCUGAAAUGUCCACGUGGGAUGGAGUGAUAGUGACGCCUUCUGAGAAGGCUUAUGAAAAGCCUCCAGAGAAGAAAGAGGGAGAAGAAGAAGAGGAGAAUCAGGAAGAACCCGCCACGGGCGAAGAGGAGGAAAGCAUGGAGACGCAGGAGUGACUUGCCCAGCGGGACUCCCCACCGCCGGGUGCUGGUGCCUGAAGGAUGUGAAGAACCAAGCAAAGGACUGAGCCCAUCCUCGGUGAACACAGCCAGCUGACAUCACCUGUCCCUUGUAUGUGUUUUUAUAAGUUGCCUAUUAAAUUGUUCCCCCCCCUUUUGAGCACA